CUGGACAUCUAUGUGUGGAUCUGUUUUUUAAAAAAUGUUUUCUCUUAACUCAACAACACCCCUGACCUACACAAGAACGGAAGAAAUGAACCUGAGUGACAAUCUGAAUGACUCGUAUGAAUAUUACUAUGGAGACCUGGUCACACAGUGUCAUUUGGAGGAAUACGAUCGAAUCACGGGAAUAAGUUUCAUCGUCAUCUGUUGCCUCAGCUUCCUCGGGAAUGGCAUGCUCCUCUAUGCUCUGGCCCGCUUCGAAGAUCUCAAAAGGAUCACCAUGCUUUUUCUACUCUGCUUGGCGGUUUUUGACCUGUUGUUCACGCUGACGCUUCCUUUCUGGGCUGUUGAUCAACUAAACGAGUGGAUCUUUGGAGAUACUGCGUGUAAGAUCCUAACCGGGGCCUAUUUUGUCGGAAUAUAUGGAAGCCUCAUUCUACUGACGGCCAUGACGGUCGAUUGCUUCUUUGUUGUUGUUGUGCGCAGCCAGUGGCUCACUCACAGAAGAAGGCUCAACUGUGCAAGGGCAGCUUUCGCAGGGUCGUGGAUCAUCAGCGUAGGAGCGUCUCUGAAAGACGCCCUGUCCUCCGAGGUUCGAAACGUGACUAACACCUUCACCUGUGGCAAUGUGCAUUCUCAUGAUGACCAGGUGGGAUACUACACACAGUUUGUCAUGCUCUUCAUCAUUCCGCUGGUGAUCAUCGUCCUGUGCUACAGUUUUAUCCUGCACACGCUCAUGUCGAGCUCGGGGCGGAGAAGGUAUAAGACAUUGCUGGUCGUGUUGCUCAUAAUCAUGGCUUUUGUCAUAUGUUGGGGACCUUAUCAUGUCAUCAUACUCCUGGUACCGUAUAGUGAUAGUGGGGAUUGCAAAAAGAGAAAUCAAUUCAACCAAAUAUAUGUCGCCUGCCGUAUCCUUGCCUAUUUCCACUGCUGCAUCAAUCCACUGCUGUUUCUGAUCAGAGAAAAGUCCAGAAAAAUCCUGUCCAAACUUCUGUUCUGCCAGCCUCAACACAGGAGCGCUGAACUGUCAUACAGAUCUUCUGACCGGAGUCACUUCAACUUUCACCAACACCACAGCGUGGCAAUUCCACAAAACUUAACAGAACUCAAAUCACUUUGACAAAUGACGAUGAACUCGGUGAUGGAGACUCAAAACUGGUACAUUUCUCCUUUUUUAUGUGAGUGAUUCCUAUCAUGAAAAUAUUACACAUAGAGAGAGAGAGAGAGAGAGAGAGAGAGAGAGAGAGAGAGGGCACGGUUAACAUGGAAACAUUUAACUUCAAAAUGAAAUUUCAUACUGUAAUAUUCUAUUAUCUAGUAUAUUAUUAUUAUUAAUAUACUAUUUCUAAUGUAAUAUACUAUAUUAUAUUUUCCUUAUUUUUUUUUUUAUCCUCAGUCUGUUUUGCAUUAACAUAUUUAUAAUCUAUUUUUUUUGUGCUAACUGCACUCUUAGACUUAAAGAGUCCUUUGGAUGGUUAAUGGUUUUUCUUUAUAAAGGAACAAACCAAAAAAAUUAUGCAGAGUACGGGAUUUACCCUUAUUUUCUCACCGUGUACUUGUGUUUCACUUUUCUUUUGUUGAACUCAUUUUAUGUUUUAUUCUCUCUUUUUUGGGGGUGUAAUAAUACUGUAAAUAACAGAAAAAAAACCCCUGGUGUAAUAAUACUGUAAAUAACAGAAAAAAAAACCCUGGUGUAAU